GCAUGCUACGGAAGUGUGUCCGUGUGUGCGGCCCUGUAGCUCCCUGUCCCCGGUGUACGACUUGAACAUUUUGGCUAAAAACAGGUGGAUGACAACAAUUUCCAUUGCGUGCAGUUAGGUAUCACUUUCGCUGAUUGUAGUCAGAGAUGGGAGCGAACAAUAGCACGCGCCGCGUCUCCUUUGAGUCGGAUGAAAAUGACAACAUCACAGUUGUGAAGGGCAUAAGGCUCUCUGAGAAUGUCAUCAACCGAAUGAGGGAGCCCAUAGCUCCCCUUCUUCCCCCCUCCCUUCCACAGGUCCCACCCCCUGUUGCGGCUCCCUCCCCCCUCCUCAUUCCAGUGCCUCCCCUCAGACCCCCCUUCGAUCCCAUCACCUCGCUUCCACCCAUAGAACCCAUCGCACUACCACCUCAACCUCCUGCACCUGUCACUGAAGUAGUGGCCCCUCCUCCACUUCCACCCCCCAUGGAACAGGUAGCAGCUCCAACCAUCAUUGACAUGGUGAUCCCGCCUCCUACCCUAGCUGCUUUAAAGCCUGUGGCGUCCCCUCAACCACCUGCAUCUGUUGAGCAGCCCCCAGUGGAAGCUUUUGCUCCUCCUCCUGCCCCAGAACCAGUGGAAGUUGUUGGCCCCCCUCUUCCUCCUCCCACCCUAGAGCCAGAACCAGUGGCUGCAGCAGCACAUGCAGUUGAUGAAGAGGAGCUGAGGAAGAAGAUCACAGAGGAUCUGCAGAAAGGCCUGUUGAAGGAGAGGGUGAAGGCUGAGCAGGAGCUGCAAGCAUGGCUGGAGGAGGAGAAGGUCCAUGCUGCAUCCUUUGCUGAGGCUGAGGCCCAGGCCAGUGUGAAGGAGGAGGUGGGUCGUAUCCUGGAGCUGGAGAGAGCCACGACCCAUAAUACCCUGACGCAGGCUGUCAUGAGGGAGAAGGUCAGCGCUGAGGACGAGAGGCUACGCACCCAGCUUUAUGCCAAGCAGCUGGAGCUCAGAGACCAGGAACUGAAGAAACAGGAUGCCUUCUACAGGGAACAGGUUGCCAGGCUGGAGGACAGGGUAAGGGAACACUAUCACCCAGCAUACUACUUA